ACAAUGAGCAAACAUUUCGGAGAAGACCUGUCAUAAAAUUUGAGGUCACAUAGCAUUCCCGCUCCUGUCGUAAAAGUUUAUGGCCUUAUAAUUAUUAGCGCAUAAUUAAAUACAGAAUAAUGAGUAAAUAAUAUGGUAACUUACGCAUCAUCGUUUUGUUAUCUCCAAUUGACAAUUUGAUAAGAUACCGAUACUGGAGAGUGGAAGAAGACUCAGUGUUUGAAUGCCGUCAAUUUAGAAUAGGAACCCUACAAGUUGUUGUGGAAGCUGUGUAUACUACAUCAAUCCUGCUACUGAAACAUGAAAACCCUGCUACUAAAACAUGCAAAUUAUCACUGUACCGUUAAGGGAAUGUUAACUGUAAUGAUACUAGUUAAUUAAUUGCCUUUUUCAGAACCGUCAAUUAGUAAAUUGAAAUUUUUCAAGGUUUAUAACAGUUAAAUGUUUUCCCACAUGCGAAGAUAGGGUUCGGUCCAAAAUCAAACGUUAGUAACAUUUUUACGCUAUCAUAGUUUUAAUUACCACUUGGAUUUAUAGAGCAAUAAAACGUUUUAGUAGAAUAAAUCGUUUUAAUAGUGUACUAAAACUUGGUAUUCUCUUGUUAGUUCUGGACAGCUAUAAAAUGUAAUUUCUUUACAAAAGCUAUUCCCAGAUGAUAUUAAACAGUAGUUAAAAAGCCAUUUAAAGAUUUAUUGUUAUGGUUUUCAAGAGUGAUUGUAGACAAAUUUUUCGGUGUACCCUUAAUAUCCCAAUUAGCCUAAUUACAGAGCAUGCGUAUUCUAGAACUAAGGCCAAAUAGUAUAAAAGGCUAAAAAAUGUAGCGGGAAAGUUAGUUAAGUAAACACUAGUCGUAGGAGUUGAUCGUCAGGCACACACCUGUUGUAUGUUUGAUUCUGAGACUACUAGUGCACGUUCAGUGAUAGUGAAUAAGUGGGUUACCUAGUAGGAAUUACUAACUGCAUAUUAGCUAGAUUGGUUGGAGUGAUUUAGUUCUUCGACGUAUUACAUAACAGGAAGAAAAAUGACUACCCCAGCAGACAGUAUGAGUGCAAUAGACUUUCUGAUUUUUAUGGAACAUCCAGGGUCACUCAGCAGCAUCGGCGACGAAUAUUAUACCACAGUACCUCAACAAGAAGUGAAAGCAUUUAGUUCCUCCAACUAUACCAUGAACGAGGAGCAAGAAAACUGCUGCAUGCGGAUCAUACGUUUCCUCCAGUGCCGGGUGAAGCUCAGUGGCAACCAGAAUGGCUUGGAUGCUAACUACAUUGACGGAUAUGAACAUAAGCGGAAGUAUAUUUACACCACAAGCCCGUCUGAGAACAACACUGACAAAUAUUUACAAAUGGUGUGGGACAAGAAUGCAGAAAUAAUAGUUGUGCCAUCUAGAUUAGAAAAUAAUGUUAAUUUUCACCAAUAUUGGAGUUCAAACGAAGGUGCUGUAAUAGAGUAUGCCAACUUUAAGGUAGAGACUUUACAAGUUACUACAAAACCUAACUACGUCUUAACUUUAUUGAUUCUAACUAACCAAAAAGGUCGAACACACAGGAUAUCACAUUUUGAAUAUACCGCUUGGCCAGUUGAUGAAUUUUCUCAUGAUCUAAGAGCCUUUAUGGAUUUCGUUUCUAAUAUUAACGAGCUGUAUUCUUAUAUAGAGAAACACAUGUCCUCAAACGACCCCGGACCCAUAAUUGUGCAUUGUAUCGAUGGGAGUAAUAGCUCAGGGGUAUUUUGCGUACUUGACACAUCUAUAACAGAAUUUAAAAAGACUGGAGGUUUAUCUAUAGCAAGUACGGUGAAAAAAAUUAGACAGCAAAUAUACGGCUGUAUGAACCAGUUAAAUGACUAUUUUUUUUGCUAUCGUCUACUCCAUGUCUAUGUUCGAUACGAAAUGGGUAUAAAUUGAAAAUAUUUUAAGGGC